AUAUAUUUUGUUUCUGACAAAGUAAAGAGCUUCAUCAAGUUUACAACAAUUGGAAGUUGACUUAUGAGAAGUUAAUUAUUGGGUGGCCAUGUGAAUGGUUUAUGAAUUAAAUAGCAAGUAAAGUUGAUGAUUCAUUGGCUCCCAACCCAAACAGCUAAAUUUAAGGCCACAUCUUGGAGAAAUUCACUAUAAAAACGAGGUAGCUUCAUGCAUUUUCUACAAUAACACAUUUGAAAACAAAUUAAAUCAGCUUCCAAUAUGGCAAGAAUCGCCAUAUUCCUCUUCUUGUUCUCUCUCUUCUUCUCAGCCGUGGUUGAGGGAGCUCCAAACGCCAAGAAAGUUAAAUGCAACGACGAUAACUAUCCUCAAUGUUACAAAUCAGACCACUAUUGUCCUGCUGAUUGCCCUCAAACUUGUGUCGUAGAUUGUUCAUCUUGCCAACCUGUCUGCACUCCGCCGCCUCCUCCGCCAUCACGCAAGCUAAAAUCUCCCCCACCACCGUACAUUUACUCUUCGCCCCCGCCACCACCUCCUUACAUUUACUCUUCUCCCCCACCGCCACCUCCAUACAUUUACUCUUCGCCCCCGCCGCCACCUCCUAAAAGUUACGCUUCUUCCCCACCACCUCCGCCAGCUACGACUCCAACUCCUCCAACAUCUCCACCCCCGUCAUCCGAGACGUCGGGCCAAAAGAAAGCUAGGUGCAAGAAUAGGGGCUAUCCACAUUGCUAUGGCAUGGAGCUAAGUUGUCCUAGUGCUUGUCCUGACCAGUGCGAGGUAGACUGUGUUACUUGCAGCCCUGUUUGCAAUUGCAACCGUCCAGGCUCAGUGUGCCAAGACCCAAAAUUUGUUGGAGGAGAUGGAAUCACCUUCUAUUUCCAUGGCCAAAAAGACCAAGAAUUUUGCAUUGUCACUGACUCGAACCUCCACAUCAACGCCCACUUCAUCGGCCGACGAAACAUCGACAUGAAGCGGGACUUCACUUGGGUUCAAUCACUUGGCAUCCUCUUUGACUCCCACAAGCUCUUCAUAGGCGCUCAGAAAACAGCAACAUGGAAUGAUGCUAUCGACCGUCUCUCCAUCUCUCUUGACGAUGAAACCAUCCUCCUCCCUACUCAGGAGGGCGCAACGUGGAGUAAUUCAACCUUCUAUAAGGGAAUGGUCAUAACCAGAAGUAGAAACACAAACGCAGUCGAGAUCAAAGUUCCUGGAAACUUCAAGAUCAAAGCCGUCGUGGUUCCGAUAACGGAAAAAGAUUCAAGGGUCCAUAAUUAUGGUAUUACACAAGAGGAUUGCUUUGCCCAUUUGGACUUGAGCUUCAAGUUCUAUGCAUUGAGUGGGGAUGUGAAUGGGGUUUUGGGGCAAACUUACGGUAGCAACUAUGUGAGCAAGGUCAAGAUGGGAGUGGCAAUGCCUGUUUUUGGUGGUGCCAAUGAGUUUGCUUCUUCAAAUCUUUUUGCCACGGAUUGCCAAGUGGCACGUUUUAGCGGGCAGUUGGCUGGAAAAGAUGACAGUUCUUUGGAGGCUGAAGUCUUUGCCAAUAUGAGCUGUGGCAGUGACAUGGAAGGUGGAGGAGUUGUUUGCAAAAGAUAAGCUUGAUUUCCAUUGGUGGAUCAGAUUCUUCAUUCAAGGAAAGAAUAAAAUUUAUGGUCCAAUUAAUUAUAUGUUAAUAAAUGUUUAAUAAAGUGGGAACUUGAAAUGUGAAAGCUUUGUGACCUUUUUCAGAUAUGAAAAAGGGUUUGUUUAUGUAUUAUUUCAUCCUUCUUAAUUAUCUUGAGAUUAUUUGUAAGAGAAAGAUACCAAUAUUAUGUGAUAU